CGACAGUGCUUUCUUUGACCUUCAUACCAUUUGUCACUUAACAUAUAGCCGGGUCAGUUAUACUCAGACCACCACUAAUUUAACAUCAGUGAAAGGGGGUUUCGAAUCAUGGCGUGUCUUCGACAAAUACUACGCAGCGGUUUGCAGGUGGUUCCGUCUCGGCAGAUUAAACCACGGACUGUAAAAGCGUUUGAACGCAGUUUCACAAUGACCAAUUCCGAUUUCAAGAAAUUCAAUGAACCCCUGAGUGGCUUGCAAAUGGCUCGAGCUGGGGGAAUUGCGUCUAUGUUCCGGUUACCAGUCCAACAGAAUGGCGAAGGAUUGGAUGUUUGCUUUCUUGGAAUACCGCUUGAUAUCGGUGUGUCCAACCGUACAGGAACCAGAUUUGGGCCAAGACAGAUACGUACUGAGUCUUGUCUAAUCCGUGCUUUCAAUAACAUAGGCGCUGCACCGUAUGAAAGCUUACAAGUUGCAGAUAUCGGUGACGUCAAUAUCAAUUUAUAUGAUUUGAAGAAAGCGUGCGUGGAUAUCACAGAGUAUUAUCGUGCCAAUGUACUGCCUUAUAAUUGUAUACCACUAACAUUAGGCGGAGAUCAUACUCUCUCUUACCCUGUCAUGAAAGCUGUGGCUGAAAAACAUGGUCCUUUGGGUCUUGUACACAUUGAUGCUCAUGCUGAUACCACUGACCUAAUGCUUGGAGAACCAAUUGCUCAUGGUACUCCUUUCAAAAGGUGCUUUGAUGAUAAUAUAUUGGACUGUAAGCGAGUGGUACAGAUUGGAUUGCGUGGUAGUCAGUAUGAAGGUGACCCAAACAAGUGGCAGAAAGAUCAGGGUUUUCGUGUGGUUUUAGCUGAAGAUUGUUGGCAUAAGUCCCUGGUGCCAUUAAUGGCAGAAGUACGUCAGCAAAUGGGAAGUGGACCUGUGUAUAUUAGUUUUGACAUUGACGCCAUAGAUCCAGGAUUUGCCCCGGGAACUGGUACACCAGAGAUCGGUGGAUUGACAACUAUACAGGCCCUCGAAGCUAUCAGGGGUUGUAGAGGCAUGAAUAUUGUAGGAGGAGAUUUAGUUGAAGUCCCUCUGUGGAUCCUUCCUCGUCAACUACCUGUCAGGAAAAAUGUCGUUCUUUGCAGGCCGGGUAGACAAGCUGCAGAUGGAGCGGGUUGCCUUCACUGCAGAUGCCUCUUGGUCGGCGAAUGGGAAAAAGCACACCAGGAAGUGACAUUUGCAUUCAAAGGAUGCUUCUUUACAAGAUCGUCUCCCCACUGA